AUGGAAAUCCCUUCAGACGUGGUUUUCCUAGUUUUUAAGAAGUAUUCGGCACAUCAAAGAGGAAUAAAAUCUUUAGAUUUUAUUAAAUGGCUUAUUUGUGACUACAAUAUGAAUAGUAUAACUGCAGAAAGAAAUGAACAUAAUUCUCAAUCUCAUGAUUUUGCAGUAUCAAAUACCUUAAUU